CUCUCUCUUUUCUGCCAUAGCCAAAUCAAACAAGUUUACCUUUUUUUGAUGACUUUUAGACUCUCGUUCUCAUUUGUGAUUGUUAACCACAUACACUUUAUCACAAGAAAACCUCAUGACUGCAUUAACAGUGUAGUGAAACAGUUAUUGACAUCUGCAUAUCUGUUAUGGAUGGAAUACAUCUAAUAUUUUGCCUGCUGUGGGCAUGUGUGAAUGUGUGUAAAUGUGAGCCACCCAUGUUUGGAGAGGUGUCUUCUCCACAGUACCCUCAACCAUAUCCAGCGAAUCUCCAAGAACAGUGGGACCUGGAAGUGCCUCAAGGCUACCAGAUCCAGCUAACAUUCAAUCACUUGGACAUUGAGCCCUCUCCAAACUGUUACUACGAUUCUGUCUCGGUUGUGUCUGGUGAGAAGGUUCUGGGGAAGUUCUGUGGUCAGAAUUCCACCGACAGGUUUCACCCAGGUGAAAAGCCCAUCUUGGCUCCUGGUAACCGUCUCCAGCUGGUUUUUCUAACAGAUGACUCAAAUCAUGAGUCACACUUGGGAUUCGCUGCAUUCUACCAGGCUGUUGACAUAGAUGAGUGUUCAUCUUCCAGUGUGGUAAAAGGUCCACCAUGUUCACAGAUAUGCCUCAACACGCUUGGCUCCUACAUCUGUGCGUGUCACCAUGGUUACACGCUAAGGUCUGACCAUCGCACCUGUGCCUUGGACUGUGGAGGUGGGGUGCACAGUGAACAAGAGGGGACUAUCUCCAGCCCUGGUUACCCAGACAUGUCCCCGCAUGAUCUGGACUGUGUCUACAGCAUCUCUGUUGAGCCAGGCUUCAUUGUCACUCUCAACUUUAGCCAGACCUUCCACAUAGAGCAGGUCUACAAUCAAGGACCAGCCUGCCUCUUCCACUGGCUGCAAGUGUCUGCCCCAGGAAAAACCAAGAAGUACUGUGGAGGAAACAGUCCUGGCGUCCUCAAAAUGGGCACUCACUCCGUCCAGCUGGAGUAUCACACCGACAGAUACGGGCAGAGCCAGGGGUGGAGCUUACAUUACACCACACAGAGGGUGGAGUGUCCACAUCCGGGCACUAUCACCAAUGGAAGAGUCACACCAGAUUUUAAGCAGUACUUGUACAGAGACUACAUUUAUGUGCGCUGUAACCCAGGAUACAAGCUCAUGAUGGGAGAGAAAGAGAUUGCAAGUUUUAAGUCCGUGUGUCAGAGUAAUGGACAAUGGCAUUUGACACUGCCAGAGUGCAAGAUUAUUGACUGUGGAGAUCCAAAGCCGCUGCUAAAUGGAGUCAUUCAGUUUAUCAGUGGAGAAAACAACGAAUAUCUCUCUGUCAUAGAGUAUAAUUGCAAUGAGCCUUACUACAGCUUUAAGCAUACUCCUAAAGUAAGAUACAGGUGUGCAGAAGACCGGAAAUGGACAGAAGACAACAACAAUGACAUUAUUCCUCCUUGUUAUCCUGUGUGUGGAAUGAAUACAGAGGUCUCUUCUGGUGGCAGAGUCUUUGGUGGGAAGCCAGCCAGACCUGGGCAGAUUCCCUGGCAGCUCUUACAUAGAUCUCCCAGAGGUGGUGCAUCUCUGAUCAGUGAUUACUGGGCUCUAACAGCUGCUCAUGUAGUAGAUGGAUAUGAAAACACCAGCAUGACUUGGCUUGGAGGAAUAACAGAAGAGGACAAACCCCCAGUCAUUAUGGAGACAGAGAAGAUCAUAAUUCACCCAAAUUAUCAGAGGGUUGGUCAGCAUGGUUUUACAUCUACAUUUGAUAAUGACAUUGCACUCAUCAAAAUGUCUGCCAGGGUGCCACUCGGUCCAAACAUCAGGCCAGUGUGUCUGCCAAACAAAACACAUGAACCUGUAAUGGAGGGCACAAUGGGUACAAUAUCGGGUUUCGGAGGGUUUGAGCGGGGCUUAAAAAGUAAAAUUUUACGUUAUGGGCAUGUUCAGGAAUAUACUCUUGAUAAGUGUGAUUCAGGGGAUCUGCCUGUCACUGAGAACAUGUUUUGUGCUGGAGAUGAUGUUAAAAGCGUUGACAGUUGUAAAGGUGACAGUGGGGGUCCUCUGUUCUUCCCCAUGUUGGGCUAUGGAUCUAAAGAACAGCCCUACGAGGUGAGGGGCAUUGUGUCAUGGGGUCCUGAAAGAUGUGGCAAUACAGGCUCUAAAGGUUUCUAUGCUAAAGUGCAGAACUACCUGGACUGGAUCAGAGAAACAAUGACAAAUAAUUAACAUCUGUAGUGCAAGUCAAGACAUUAUCAGUUCAAUUAUGUGCAUAGCGGUCAAAAAAAAACAUUUAGAAUAAAACAAUUUUAUAAUGAAAAGAAACAAAUUUUCUAUUUCAGCAGGAAAAAAAUAAAUAAAAUUGGAGUCUAUUUUUGUCUUUUCCAAUUUGUCGAAAUUUUUCAAAAUAAAUAAAUUAGCAAAGAGGAUUAUCCUUCUGCUGGUUAAAAAUAUUGGCAUUUGUUGUGAGGUCUAAACUGGUUAUUCAGUCAUCCUCAAAUAGGAGCUCAGAUGUUCUCCCUAAACCAUCAUAGUUAUAUGUGAUCAUGGACAAUGAAAGAAAUGCAAGUGAAUCUUAUACAAUCAUGUGAAAAGAAAGUACACUGUUUUGAAUUCUUAUACAUAUCAGGACAAUAAUAAUUUAAAAAAAAAACAAAAAAAAAACCAUCUGGUCCUUGGCAGGUCUUAAAAUUAGGUAAACACAACCUCAGAUGAACAACAACACGUGACAUUACACCGUGUCAUUAUUUGUUAAACAAAAACUAUAAAAAAGGAGAAGCCAUGUGUGACAAACUAAAAGAUGGGACAAGUAUGGCUUGUUUGGGAGGGUUGCCAGGAGAAAGCCUAUCUGAGGUUGAUCAUCUAAGGUUGUAUUUACCUAAUUUUAAAGGGAUAGAUCACCCAAAAAUGAAAAUUAUCCCAUUAUUUACUCACCCUCAAGCCAUCCUAGGUGUAUGACUAUCUUUCAGACGAACACAAUCAGAGAUAUAUUUUAAAUAUUCUGGCUCUACCAAGCUUUAUGUUAGUGAACGUGGGGUCUGUUUUGAAGCACACAAUAAAAUCAUCCAUCCAUCAUAAAUAUAAUCCAUACGGCUCCAGAGGGGCCUUCUGAAGCGAAGCAAUGUUUUUUUGUAAGAAAAAUACACGUAUUUAAAACUUAAACUAAAAUAACUAGCUUCCGCCACACAACGUACGCAUACAGCACAAGUCGACUUGCGCCAAAUGAGUAACACCUGAAGCGAUGUAUGACACAGAAUGUAGGAGUAGAUGCCUUAGAUGCCUUUUGCGGUUUAAACAAAUAGGGCUGUGCAACAAACUGAAGCUCCUCUUCUCUUAUAUCGACAUUUCUAAUUAAAGUUUCUCGUUUGAGAUGUCUAAUUUGUGACCGUAUACAUGACUGUAUACAUGUCUGAUAAACUCUUUCUUAUUUAUAUGCAAUUACCUACUGAAAAAACUUGGAUCUCAUAGCCCCACCACCUUAAAAUAGGCAGAUAUUGUAGGAACUGUCCCCAGUCAUUUUUGAAAAAUGAACCUCGUCUUAACCCUAAAACAGGCAAGAGGGGAAAAUGAUCACCAAAAAAUCAUUUCAAGUCACUUUUUAUAUUAUAUAUACAUUUGGACUUAUUGGAAUUUUUGAAAUAUUUGAUGUGAUUUUAUGAGUUGUAUCUCCCAGGAUAUGUUGCCCUAUUUGGGUAUAAAACAAUGUUUCAUUAAAAAGUCAUCAAUGUUUCUGUGAUUUAUGUGAUGCAAAAAUAUGUAAUAUGCAAAAUAUGCUGCAUGUAUGACAUGUCUAAGUGUAAUAAAAUUGAGGCAUAAACAUUU